CAUUUCGUUCUACAUUUCAAGCUCUCACUUCCCCCAUCUCUUUUUGAGAUCUUUCCGCCACUGUUCGCUUUCGUCCACUUUGGUUUGUCUCCCUCUGCGGACCAGAGCACCUCACCGGCCUCCAGCUCCAACUUCCUUGCGCCAUCCCCUCCCUUGCUGCAAAUUCCAGGUCGUCAUGGCCCCCAGGGUGGUCAGGACCAGUAAGUUCCGCCAUGUCUUCGGCCAGGCGGUGAAGGCGGACCAGUGCUACGACGACAUCCGGAUUUCCCAGAUGACCUGGGACAGCAACUUCUGCACAGUCAACCCCAAGUUCGUGGCCAUGAUAGUAGACGCCAGUGGCGGGGGAGCGUUCAUUGUACUCCCACUGAACAAGACGGGCCGCAUUGACAUGUCCUACCCCACUGUGUGCGGCCAUACAGGGCCUGUGCUGGACAUUGAGUGGUGUCCGCAUAAUGACAACAUCAUUGCCAGCGGCUCAGAGGACUGCAGUGUUAUGAUCUGGGAGGUUCCUGACGGUGGCCUGAUCUCUCCCCUGACGUCCCCGCUGGUGAAGCUGGACGGACACUCCAAACGCGUUGGCAUCCUCAGCUGGCACCCCACUGCCCACAACGUACUCAUGAGUGCAGGCUGUGAUAACGUGGUGAUCCUGUGGAACGUGGCGCGCGGGGAGGCGGUGGUGCGCAUGGACACGCAGCACACGGACAUAAUCUACAGCGCCUGCUGGAACCGCGACGGCACCCAGCUGCUCACCUCCUGCAAGGACAAGAAGAUCCGCGUGCUCGACCCUCGCAAGGGCUCCGUCAUCGCGGAGAAAGAUAAGCCCCAUGAGGGAUCCAGGCCGGUGAGGGCUGUGUUUGUCAACGAUGGCAAGAUCCUGACCACUGGAUUCAGCAAGAUGAGCGAGAGACAAGUGGCUCUAUGGGAUCCAAGCAACUUGUCUGAGGCCCUCACCCUUCAGGAGCUGGACACGAGCAGUGGGGUGUUGCUGCCUUUCUUCGACCCAGACACUGGCGUCGUAUAUCUGUGCGGAAAGGGAGACAGCAGCAUCCGCUACUUUGAGGUGACGGACGAGGCUCCGUAUGUGCACUACCUCUCCAUGUACAGCAGCAAGGAGAGCCAGAAGGGAAUGGGCUACAUGCCCAAGAGAGGCCUCGAGGUCAACAAGUGCGAGAUCGCCAGAUUCUAUAAGCUUCAUGAGAGAAAGUGUGAGCCCAUCGUGAUGACUGUUCCCCGCAAGUCUGACUUGUUCCAAGAGGAUCUGUUCCCCGACACCAUUGGCCCAGAGCCUUCCGUGGAGGCCGACGAUUGGUUUGACGGCAAAGACGGCCAGCCAAUCCUGAUCUCCCUGAAGGACGGGUUCGUGGCCACCAAGCCCAAGGAGUUCAAGGUCAUCAAGAGCCUGAUGGCUACCACGUCUCACAGCGCCGCCCAUUCCCAUGGCGACAACUCGGAAGUGCAAGCCCUGCAGUCUGAGGUGAAAGACCUGAAGGCGGCCAUUGAGGAGCUCACCAAACGAGUCAGCGAAUUGGAGAGCAAGUGAGGAGGAAGAAGAAUAGGGGUAUUGCCCAGGGGAAAACAGGACAGGUCAAGGAAGGGAAUAGUAGGUUGAUCUAUGAUGCAGUGAAUGAUGAUGACAGUGAAUAAUUGAAGUGAAUGAAUUUUGCCGUGAAGUUAAUAAAAGUAAAUACAUGAAAUUGCAGUAUUUUUGGGGCAGGAAAGCUCAGAUGUAAAUGUCAAGUGAAAUGUGUGGAAAGAAAAGUGUGUGGAAUGAAAGUGAGUAAGUAGACAUUUUUGGAAAGUUUUUCCUGUUUUCUAAUAUAUGUUUUACAUCAAAAUAAAAAUUCAACUAUUUUGGA